ACAUCCAGUAGAGCAGCCUGCUUCUCCUCCUCCAGCUCCUCCUCCUCCUGAGCGGCACUGAUCGCCCCUCAUACCGAGGCAGCGCUGCUCCGUGCACGCCGCUGAUGCCAGCGUAGAACCGGGCGGAUGUACCGAUGGCUCGUAUUUCUGUUGACUUUCACAUGAUGUUGUUGUGUGUUGCGGUUUGCUCUCCUCUUCCCGGCCCGUCCCCGUCUUCCAGGCCACCCGUUCGCUCGGACUGACUUCCCAGUGGAUGCGUGAAGGCAGCGGAUCGGUGCAGGCGGUGAAGACCUCCAUCUCUGCCCGGUGAGAGUCGACUGGAGCUGACUGGCUGGCCUCGCUGCUCUACUAUGACUCUGAGCUGCUGAACAUUUUGGAUUUUCAAAACAUUUUUCGUCGCUCUUGAAGCCCACCCGUUUUUCCUCGAUGGGUUCCCGCAGCCAAAGCUUCUUCCACCACCACCACCAUCGCAGCUCCAUGGUGCCGGCUACGGUGCCCAGGCUGCUCCCCGAGAGCGGGAGCCUGUUGGGAGGCAUCGCUCAAAUCACCCCCAACCUGUUCCUCAGCAGGGGCAACGUGGCGUCCAACCGCAGCCUGCUGCUGUCCAAAGGCAUCACCUGUGUGGUCAACGCCACCAUCGAGCUGCCCAACUUCAACUGGCCUCACAUGGAGUACGUGAAGGUCCCUCUGGCUGACAUGCCCCACUCCCCCAUCUCGCUGUAUUUCGACAGCGUGGCCGAUAAGAUUCACAGCGUGGGGCGUAAACGGGGGGCGGUGCUGGUGCACUGUGCAGCCGGAGUGAGCCGCUCGGCCUCCCUGUGCCUGGCGUACCUCAUGAAGUAUCACCGGGUGUCCCUGGCCGAGGCCCACGCCUGGGUCAAAGCCCGCCGGCCCGUCAUCAGGCCCAACGGCGGCUUCUGGCGCCAGCUCAUCGAGUACGAGAGGAAGCUGUUCGGUAGAAACUCUGUUAAGAUGGUGCAGACGCCCUACGGGGUGAUACCUGAUGUGUACGAGAGGGACCGCAGGAGCCUCGCGCCGUACUGGGGCCUGUGAGGGAGGAUGAGCCAAGCGUCCUCAGCGAGGCAUCGAGGAGGAGAAGUGAAGCCCUUCUGCCCUUCCGGACUGCAGGUCCACGCCUGUUCUGGACAGGCGAAGUGAGACGCGUGAGUGUACAUGUGUGUGAAGCUUAUUUAAUGAACACUGGUGCGUUUGGACGCAGACGGUGCUGCUGUUCGUCCAACCGGUUGUCUCCAUUUUAGUCUUUGAGUGGGAAGCGAGACGACUUCGAGCCCUUCGGACCAGAGGAUCAGAUGGGACCACAGCGAUGUCAGACACCAAAACAAGACGAAACUCGGAGCGUGGGAGUCGGUGCUGUCUAUUUCCUUGCCUGUGUUCUCCAGUUCCAGCUGAGGACGCGCUCCGUGUGAAGGUGUUUGCUCGAGACUCUGCAGCUCUGACAGUGAUGUGACUGAAGUCCUUUUCCUGACGUGGUGUCAUGUGAUGGUAUUGUGCCAGUUUUGCAGUAAUUUUUAGUGUGAAGGGCAGCAGCAUGCUCUUAAUUUAUGGUAGCAUUAAAAAGAAUAAGUGUACAGAAAAACUAUAUAUAUAAGCAAAUUAUUUUACUGGAAAAAUAUUGAUAGGGAAAAAAAGCUUAUGGUGCACUUUAACUGAACAUUUAAAGAUGUUAUUAUAUCUACCUUUUUUAAGGUGAAUAUUGAAAAGAUGUAAGCUAGACGUCAGGGUUUAGGGAAAGCUCCUGUGUAACACAGGGUUGACUGUUCCGUCCUGUGACCACACUAUGUUAUUGUAGUGCUAUUUGAUGCUGUAUUAAAAAAUACCUGCUGCCUCAAGGCAAGUGGUAGCUCCAUGAAGAGUA